CUCAGGUUCACAUGCAACCUCCUAUGCCACAACUUCCACCCAAUUCCACUCUUGUCCUGUCACUAGGCACCACCGAGAAGAGGCUGGCUCCAUCCUGGCACUGACAUAUCUAUAAACAUGAAUGAGGUUAAACCAUGCUUGGUCCUGGUCCUGCAGGGCAGUGCUCGUCGCAGUACAGCCGGGAACAGCCCCAGGGAGGCAAUCCCUCCUUGGCCUUCGAAAUAAGAACGCCUCUAGCAUAAGGACAAGGGCCUGCUGGAGCGGGUCCAGAGGAGGGCCACGAAGGUGGCCAGUUACUAGAGAACAGGAUGGGAGAAGCAGAGACAAGGAGACUCUCGGCUGCCAACCUCCUCUGUGCCUUUUCGAUUAUUCUGACAGCGAUUGUUCCAGCUUUCAUCUGGGAAGGAUUCACAGUUUUUGGAGCACACCUUUCGUGGCUGUGUAUUUGUUCUGUUUGUGUUAGUAUCGUUAACAUAAUCUUGAGCCUAGUCCUUAAACCAAAUCAGUCUGCUAAGAGAAGUUCGUUUACUCACAAGAUAUCCAGAUUUCUAAAAUGCUGUAUAUACUUUUUCAUGUCUUGCAUACUGUUUCAUGCGAUUAUUGUUCUUUAUGGAGCACCUCUCAUAGAGUCAGUGACUGAGACGUUUUUGUUUGCAGUCCUCCUGUCCAGCUUUAGUACACUACAAUGCUUGUGUAUGCUGGGACCAAACAUACAGGCAUGGAUACGAGUAUUUUGUAAAAAUGGAGCUACAUCCAUCUGGGAAAGCAAUCUACAGAUUACUACUAUGUGCAGUAUACUUGGAGCUUGGUUUGGAGCAUUUCCUAUUCCUCUUGACUGGGAUCGGCCUUGGCAGGUAUGGCCCAUUUCCUGUUCCCUUGGAGCUACCUUUGGCUAUAUGGCUGGUCUGAUUAUUGCACCUCUGUGGAUACACUGGAACCGGAAGCAGCUUACAUACAAAAGCAGAUAACUGGAGCAAAGAGAAACAAGGUAUUUCUUUGUGCAGAUUCUAUAGAGACUGUGCAAAAGUUUGGGGGGUUUAAUAUAUAUGUGUGUGUAUAUAUAUAUAUAUAUAUAGUCAAAGCAGAAGAUACUCCAAUCAAUUUACAGUAUUCCAGGCCAAGCAUCUCCACUCAGUAAAAUCACAUAGAUGCUGUUUCAGCAUGGUGCGGUUUUUGCUUCCUCUAGACUGUGUAACCCUGAGAUUGUACCUUCCAGUCUGAAUAAAAUAUUUGUUAACAGAUGUGGUGACUUAUUACAAA